CCAUUAUAAUGAUAGUGAUGUUCCUGGCUGCCUGGUCUCCAUAUUCAAUUGUGUGUUUGUGGGCAUCAUUUGGUGACCCCAAAAAGAUUCCAGCUCCAAUGGCCAUAAUUGCCCCACUCUUUGCCAAGUCCUCCACCUUUUACAAUCCUUGCAUCUAUAUCAUCGCCAACAAGAAGUUCAGGAGAGCCAUCAUGGGUAUGUUACGAUGUCAAACACGACAGAGAAUCACUAUUAGCAACCAACUUCCAAUGACGGCAUCAUCUGCACCACUCAACCCCUAA